UGGGAGGUUAGUGUUGCGGCAAUGUGCCUGUUCAUGAGGUUUCCUGACAAAUUUCUAUAUCUAGGAAAUGACCUCUCCAUCUGCUUCCUGGCAAGGAGAUAAUAUUCAUUAUGCAUUCAUAACCAACUGCUUAGUUCCUGAUUCAUCAGUUGCCGAAAUGGCCCCUGCCACUAGAGACCCUGCUCCGCAAACCUCCCACUCUCACGACUCACUUAGUGGAGAGGUGAUAGCUAUAGUGACAGUUUUCCAAGCCUUUUCUACCUUAGCGUUAGUGCUUCGGUUAUGGACCAGACUCAAGAUUCAGCACCUUCGCCUUGGCGCAGAUAAUCUCACAAUUAUCGUAGCUUGGACUCUCAGCCUCGCUCUCGACGUCUUGAUCGCUUUCCAGACGAGAUAUGGCCUUGGAAAGCAUGUCACAGAAAUCCCUCCGGACACGGACUUCAUGACGUCCAAUAUCUUGUUCUAUGCUCAUCAACCCAUCUACUAUAUCAGCGUAUCGCUGACAAAAGUCUCCAUUAUCUUAUUUUACUUCACCCUCCUCCCACAGCGAUCGUACCGAAAUUUCCUUAGAGGUAUGAUGGUCAUCGUCAUCCUCACAGGAUUAACUUGUACCAUUGCUGGCAUCUUCCAAUGCAACCCGAUCGCAAGUGCGUGGAAUGCUAACAUCCACGGCACUUGCUUUAACCAGCCAGCGCUCUUCUUUGCCAAUGGUGGUUUAAACAUUACUCAGGAUUUGGUGCUUUACGUUCUCCCAACGCGGAUACUCUGGAGCAUGAACCUCCCCUUGAAGCAGCGCAUAGCCCUUGUUGGGAUCUUUGUGGUCGGUGGUCUUACUAUCAUUGCGGGAAUAAUACGGAUACCCAGCCUGCAAGAGGCAGUGAUGUCUAAUGACCCAACUUGGGAUCAUGUGGGCUCAUCAAUAUGGUCCUCAAUCGAGUGUAAUGUAGGCAUUGUGUGUGCCUGCUUAGUGCACUUAAAGCCGUUAAUCACCCACCUCAUCCCUACAUUCUCCAGCUCUUCCCGGUCCUCAAGAGGGGGUAGAUUGCUGAAGUUGAGCGACAAGCCAAACGAGGGUGGUGCAAACAGUCCUCUCCAGACAGUCGGUCGGCGUCAAGGAAGUAAGCCUGUCGGAAUCUUGACCGAGAUAGAGCAAGAGGAGAGCGCUGUGGAUAGCCCAACGCAGUUGGUACCCGCAGGAUACAUGGGCGAUGCCAACGUCACCGUAGAGCACCGUGAAGUGAAGGCUCAAAAGACUGACUCGAAUGCAAUCUACGCUACUCGGCAGUAUGCUAUUCAUUAUGAUCACAACUGUGCCUGAUAAUUGCUAAUGUUAUAUCCUGAUUCUGUAGGCUGUUAGCAAUUUGAGCCCCCCGUCCACUAAGGCUGUAUAUCAGAGAGAGUGUCAUAACAAGAUAAUCACAAUAUUACAAGAGGACAAUUCAUUG